CCUUUUAUUUUGACAAGAAAAAAAUCUUUUGCCGACAAUAAAAAAGGAUAUUUUUGCAAUGCAUAUUGAUAAAAGUUUAUAAAAGAAAAAAUGGUUAUAAAUAUUAAAUAUAUGGUGUAUAUAUUAACAAUAUUAAUUUGUAUUAUAAAAGUCCAAGCUGAAAUAAACAAACAGCCAACAGUAUUAGAUGAAACUAGCAAAAAAUCUGCAGAGACAACAACAGUUCCAACAACACCAGCACCAGCAAAGUCCAUUAACAAUAAUGAAGAAUAUCAUGAGGAAUUAGUAGUGCAACCCUUAGCCUCGGGUUUUAUAAAUACCUAUUUUCAAUUUACCACCAGAUGGUACUAUGGCAAGCGGGAAAAUUUACACAAUACUAGAUUGAUACCCAGAUCUAUAGCGGAAAUCCUUUUGCAUUCGGAUGUUAAAGAAUUGCACAUUUCCUUAACACAGGGCUUGUGGCGUUACGAAUCUUGGGGUUAUCCUAUUGUAGAUAAUGCUCCCGGUGCAGAAGCUUGGGCUUGGUUUGCGGGAGAAAAUCUUACCGCCAACUCUGUCGACGAGCAAUGGAAAAGUGUUACCAGUACUUUUUCGGGUAUUUUAUGUGCCUCUUUAAAUUUUAUGGAUAAAACCAAUACCAUUACACCCAACUAUGGGUUUCAGCCACAUUUUGUGGGCCCCGUGGCGAAGAAUGUUAAAAGACAUGUUAGAUAUUCCAGUUUGCCGCGUGAAAUUGUUUGUACGGAAAAUCUAACACCCUGGAAGAAACUAAUGCCCUGUAAUAGUAAACAUGGUUUUGCCUCUUUAUUGAAUUCGGGUAAUGUACACAAUACCAAUUACCAUUCGCUGGCCAUUAAAGUACGUACUUUAUGUAAUGCUAAGGAAGAAUGCAUUUUGGAAUUCAUAGAAUCGGCCAAUUUGGUAUAUGAUCCCAAGUUGUUGGGUGCUGCUAAUGAAUAUGAUUUCUCCUUAAGGCGCAUGUUUGGUCAGGGCUUAAAUGGUUAUUGUGCUCUAGCUGAUUCUAGUAAAAUCUAUGUUAAUCUACAAACACCUUUACCCUAUGAAAUGACCCCCUUGCCGCACUAUAAUACCACCACCACCAGAGGAGGUUACACCUCACAAUUUGGUGUCUACGAUAUGCAAACGUCAAAAGAAUCAAGGCUCUUUAAUAUAGCUUGGGUUUUACGUAAACCUCAAAAUGCAGUACUAACACCCUCUCCGCCACCUCUUCUAACACACCGUUAUAUUGUCGGCUAUGGCCAGGAAAGGGGUAAAGUUAUAACCCAUCUUACGAAUACACACUACAAUGUGUUGCCUAUUAUACUGCAAGAAAACAUACCCUGGUAUAUGCCCAUUUAUAUGCAUACUUUAAAGAUACGUGAUCGCCUUACGGGUGAGCUAAUAACGCCUAAAAUUAUAAAUUAUCGUCCGGGUGUACAACGUGAAAGACCCUAUUACCUGGAAUUGGCCUUUAAAUUACCCGGAAAAACUUCUGUGGAAAUAUCUUUUGAUUUUGACUAUAUAUUCCUUAAAUGGCUAGAAUAUCCCCCCGAUGCUAAUCAUGGCCAUUAUGUGGGUUCAGCUGUUAUAACUACCCAAUUGCCUAUAGCGCGUAAUUAUUCUUCUAUACCUUUGUCCGGUUAUCGUUUUGCUGAUUCCUUUAAUGCCUCACGAAACUCAUACAUUUUAACCCUGCGCACUGAAACCUUAAUACUUUCACUGCCCACCCCUGAUUUUAGUAUGCCCUACAAUGUUAUUUGUCUAGCUUGCACAGUGGUCGCUUUAGCCUUUGGUCCCAUACAUAGUGUGGCCACUAAACGUAUUGUCGUGGAACAGCAGGAUACCGAGGGUAGCCAGUCGUUUGUGGGUAAGUUUUUAAAGAAAUUACGUAAGUCCAAAAGCAAACCGAACGUUAGCAAUUCGUCAAGCAAGGAUGCUGCAGAGGAUGAAAAUGUCACAGGAGAAGAGCAGAUAAAAUAGGAACUGUUUCGUCUACCAUAUGAAUGUUUGCUGCUGCUUUACUAGUCUAGUAUUAAAUUAUUGAAAAUAAAAUAAAAACAC